AUGUGCAUUGAUUAUCGCCAAUUGAACAAAGUUACAGUGAAGGAUCGUUAUCCUUUGCCUCGUAUUAAUGAUUUAUUUGACCAGCUACAGGGUGCACAAGUGUUUUCUAAGAUUGACUUUCAUUCAGGCUACCAUCAGUUGAAGAUUCGGGAGCCAGAUAUCCCGAAGACUGCUUUCAGGACUCGGUAUAGUCAUUACGAGUUCCUUGUUAUGUCAUUUGGGCUAACCAAUGCCCCAGCAUCCUUCAUGCAUUUGAUACCCAGUGUGUUCCGGCCAUAUAUUGACUCAUUCAUCAGUGCCUUUAUUGAUGAUAUUCUGGUAUACUUCCGGAGUCGGGAAGAUCAUGAGCAGCACCUGAGGACAGUGCUUCAAACUUUGAGGGAAAAGAAGUUAUAUGCAAAGUUCUCGAAAUGUGAGUUU